AUGGCCUCCGGAAAAGAUACUGGUAAAUUCAGUGAAUUUGUAAAAGUCUGUAAAGAGAUUGAAGAAGUUUCCUCGCAUACAGAGAAAACAAGUGUCAUGAAAGACUUUCUUGAGGAUUUCAAAGGAGAUGUCUAUCUUCUCUAUAAAUUAUUAUUUGCAAAGGAAGAUAAAAGAAAAUUCAAUUUGAAAGAUAAAAAGCUUGUUGAAAUUGCUGCUUCUGCAUUUGGAGAAGAUCACGACGAAAUGUUAGAUCAUAUGGACUCGAAAGGAGAUGUCUCGGAAACUUUGAAAAAGUAUUUGGUGAGAAGUGGAAAUGCAAGAGAUAAGGGUGUUGUGAAUUUGAAACAAGUCGAUGAAUUUCUAGAGAAGUUGACUACAAUCACAACAAAAGAUGAUCAAACCAAAGCUUUUGAGAAGUUUGUGGUUGGAAAUUUAACAGGAGAUGAAAUGAAAUUCAUUACCAGAAUUAUUUGUAAAGAUUUAAAGAUUAGAGCUGGACCAAAGUUUUUAUUGGCAGCCCUCAAUCCCGAUGCUUAUGCAUGCUACAUUUUAACUCAUGAUCUCAAGCAAAUUAUCGAUGCAGUUACUAACAAGCAAGAUUUGAAAAAUCUAUCAUUGACCGCACAAACACAAUCACUCGAUAUUGAUGCACUCAUUCGAGAUGCAGGAAGUGACGACGAUGAGGAUAACAAAAAGUUCAACAUGAACAUUUCAGAUGAUGAAAGUGAUGAUGCCAAAUCUUCUUCCAAAAAGAAGAAGGACUCAAAAUCAUCUGGAGCAUCUAGCUCGUCUUCAUCAAAAGCCUCUUCAUCCAAAGCAUCUUCCAGCACAAAAUCUAAGAAGAAGGAUGUUUCAGACGAUGAUACCGACAAUGAAGGCGACGAUGAAGAUAUUGAUGUUGGAGAAAAUAUCGAUGACAACGAAGAGGAAAAACCUGAAGACCUAAUCGAUGAAGACGAAGAUUCAUCAUCAAAGAAAAAGAAAACUGUACGGAAAUCAGCCAAAAUUAAGGCAAAAAUGGUUUUAUUCAGUCCUGUGAAACCCAUGUUGGCCAGACCAAGCAAGACCUAUGACGAUGUCAUUAAUCGAUGUCCCAAUGGAUUUUAUUGCGAAUUGAAAUAUGAUGGUGAGAGAAUUCAAAUUCACUACGAUCGAAAGAAGGACAAGAUCAAAUAUUUCAGUAGAAAUUUGAAAGAUGUUCAAGAUUACAAAAUAGAAUCUGUUAAAAAGUACAUCUCGAGAGCAAUUAAGGACAAGGUUGAAUCGGUUAUUCUUGAUGGUGAAAUUCUCAUGUACGAUACCAAGAAAAAGAAACCUCUCCCAUUUGGUACACUGGGAAAGAAAGUGAGACAGGACCAUCCAAACGCAGUGACAGCCGUUUACUUGUUUGAUAUUUUGUAUUAUAACGGAAAAUCAUUACUUUCUGUUCCAAUCUAUAAGAGAAAGGCCUUACUUUCAAAGAUUGUCAAUGUUGUUGAAUCAAGAGUCAUGCUUGGUGAACAUGUGGUCGUAAAAGGACCAAAAGGUACUCGAGAAGCUCUCAUUGCAUCCAAAAUGCAAGAAAUGAUCUCUGAAGGAGAAGAAGGAUUGGUGUUCAAAGAUUUGUGCUCUCCCUAUGAACCCAAUGCAAGACACUGGCUCAAAAUGAAAAAAGACUAUCUACAAGGAAUGGCAGAUAGUGUGGAUUUGGUAGUUUUGGGAGCUUAUUUAGGUACAGGUUCGAAAGGUGGUCUCAUGAGUGUUUUCAUGAUGGGUUCGUACGACAAGAAGGAAGGUAAAUGGAGAAUUAUUUGUAAGUGUGGUAAUGGACACGAUGAUGCAACCUUGGAAGCGCUGAAUGAAGAACUAAAGUCAAACAUGAAGAGAAUUAGUAAGGAUCCAUCUCUAGUUCCAGACGACAUUGAUAUUCAUACCAAUGCUCUUGUUCCUGAUUAUAUUGUCAAAGAUAUCUCAAAAAGUGUAGUUUGGGAAAUUACUGGAGCUGAAUUCAGCGUCUCCUCUCGAAAGGAAAGACCAAUCUCUAUUCGUUUUCCAAGAGUCACUAAAAUUAGAGAUGACAAGGAUGUUGACGAUGCCACCAAUUAUCAAGAACUUACCAAACUUUAUCAAGUUUCCACAAGAAAGGGACCUGUUGCACUCUUCCCAAAGAAAGGAAAAGAUGAUGAUGAUGACAAUGACGACAGCGAUGACAGUGUGGAUGUGAAAGCAGGAGGCAGCAAAAAGAGAAAGGCAAGAUCAAAGAAGUCCAAAGAUGAUUCUGAUGAUGACGAAAACGAAAAAGGAGACAAUUCUGAUGACGACAAGCCAACAAGAAACAAAAAGACAUCAUCUAAAAGACAAACUAAAAAUUCGAACAAAAAGUCGGACGAUGACGAUACCGAUGAUGAUCAGAACGAUACAGCACCAAGCAAGAAGAAAACGAAACAAGCUCCCAACAAGCUUACUACUAUUAAGGAUAUUCCAGAGUCGAGCAAACCAGAAGAGAUUUAUUAUAUUUAUGGAGAUUUUGGAGGAGUUCCAGCCAAUAAGGACAAGAAGUUCAUUGCCCAUUGUGUUGAUGACAGUAGUCGAUGGGGCGACAAGGGCUCUAUGGGUAACAUUGUUCUUCUUUUUGGAGAAGGCAUCAAGAAGGCCUACGUUGAUGACAUGAAUACUGUUGGAGAUGUUCAACUUGUCAUUUCUGAGAGUAACUAUUUAUCCAAUCUCAUUUGUUUACAAUUUGUUCAGAAAGGCUCACCACCCAAAAUAGAUUAUUCAUCAUUCGAUGAAUGUCUCAAAAAGUGUGCAACCUACAUGAUUGAACAUGACAUCAAAACAUUCCAUCUUUUCAGAUUGCAUUAUGGAAUUACUGGUUUAGAUUGGUCGCGUUGUGAAAAAUUAUUGAAAGAAAAUAUGUCCAAUAAGGGAAUUGUAGUCUAUGUGUAUACGAAAGAUCGUGAUGAUAAGGAUCGUGUAACAGAGAGCAAAGCAAAACUCAACAAGCAGAAAGAGACGACUAUGAGUGAUGAGAAUGUAAUAGCUAUGACAACUUCAAAUAGUAAUUCUAAGAAAGAAGAGGACAAGAUGGAUUUAUCUUCGGAUGAUGUGAAACAACCAGCUGUUUCUUCACAAUCUUCUUCACAGGACAAGUCCAACAAGACAAAUUCUUCACAACCUGUCAGUCAUACUGCAACAUCAAUAUCCUCCUCAGAAUCUUCUUCAGCCAUUUCAAGAAAUAUCUUCUCUGGAGUGAUUGCCCUAAUUUCUGGAUAUCCUCAACAUGUGAAAAAUGAAAUUUCAGACCUAAUUUUAAAGAAUGGAGGAACAGUGACUCAACAAUGGAAUUUAAUUGGAGAAGAAGCCAAUACUCAUCUCAUUACGGAAACCAAAGAUGAUACUUUUAAUCAUUGCUUCUCUCUUGGAGCAAUUAUUGUGGCCAAGUCGUGGGUGACAGCAUGUGUCACGAAAGGAAAACUUGUUGAAACCAAUGAUUAUGUAUUUCCAUUGCAAGUGAAGGAGAAUCGACAGACGUCAAUGAAAUUGAAUGCAUCUUCUUCUACUGAGUCAUCAACUGUAUUGACAACCAACUCAAGUAGUUCCACAACCAAUACUCCAGUGGCCACUCUUGUGGAUUUAUUCACAGAAUUUGCCAUUUAUCUCCACAAAGAUAUCCCAAGUAAGAAAAUGCAUACAAGAUAUAUUGUAGCCUAUGACGGUGAGGUUUAUCCAGCAUUUUGUGAUGAAGUGACACAUGUGGUAACUGCUGCUAAAAGCUUGAGUGCUGAUCCAUCACUUUCAAGCUACAAGGAAAAGAGUCCAAUUGUGAAAAUUGUGUCCUCGGAAUGGAUUUGGCAUUCGAUUAAUUCUGGGCAAUUAAUUGAUUACAGAUUUUACGAAAUGAAGUAA